CUUAGGCGAGAGGCAUAACUACCUGAGAGCAAGUAGCCAGGGGGCACAAUAUCAGUAGAUUGCAUCAUCGUUGAGUCGGACGCGUUUUUUCAGAAUUUUCCACGACGAGUUCUGUGCCGCCACUCAGCUCUGCAAAAUCAAAAAUCAAUCUUGACCACCAUCUGCUAAUACAAGAAGUGGUCUAGUUCUAUCACAUGUGGUCUUUGAAGAUGUCAGAGAGUUUUUGAAUAAAUGGCAAUAUAGAACAAGUCCCCCUAGUACUGUCGCAUUGAAGAUGGGAAACUUGUGCAUACGAGCGCCCGGAAGCGGCGUUGCAGGGGCGAGGACUGCAAACCCAACACCCAUUGAGGUAUUGCGACAGGAUAUCACGAGAAAAAAGUGUUACAGUGACACAUUUGUUGGAGUUUCUGCAUCACAAAUUUUCUCUGUCUGGCACAGAAAACUUGUAAUGCGAAGAUCAUAAGGGAAAAUACGUAGGAGACGAGGCUCGCAAGCAUUUCCUGCAUGACAAAAGUUGUCUGUCUUGCGGCUUCUGCAACGCAAUGUAACACUUUUUUUUUGCGAUACAGGAAAACACGCUGUUGCAGGAGGCGGUGAAAGACUCUCCCAUCAAUAUUCUCCAGAAAACGUGAAGCACACCCAUAUAGUACCAGAAAGAAAAUAGCCAGGUGGUUUCAGAAUCACAAGAAAAAAAUUUUCGCUGUUCAGUAUGGCAAACUUCUUGGAGUUCUUUUCUCCCAGGACUGAGUGGUACUUAGCAGCAACACCAAGAAAUCGAUUUUUUUCUGUUAACUUGUGGGUGUGCUUUUUCUUUUCUAUGGGAUAGCUAAGCAAGGCAGCAAGCAAGCGGUUGAGUGUGCUGUCGGGGGUCUGGAAGACGGCCAAGAGGAUGGACGAUUUAAUAUCCUGCGGAAAAACCGACACCGAUAGUACCCUACAGUCAAGACGUGAACGUCGCGUACACAAUUUACGAAGUUCUGGCUGUUGCGCGUGACAGUGUAAUGAUCCGAUGGUUAGCUAGUGUCAGAGGCGCAUGACGAAAUGGAUCAUCCUAUGUGGGUCACUAGAUAAGUUUUAGUCACAAAUUUCAUUCAAAACCCGUCGACGAGAAAAUACCUCCGCUCAUGGGCGGGCUACGCUUGAGAGAGAUUCUGGACAUACACAUUUACAUUUGUAGAUCAGUCUUGGGUUGGUACGUUUUUGCCCAGUAUAGUGAACAACAAGACUGCAGCAUCACGGGAGGAGCCGCCUCCGCCGGUAGUAGAGCCGCCAGGGUUUCUGAUCGGUAUAUUCGAACGUGGCUGUAGUAUGUAAUACUAAUGUAUGAUGCGCGGUAUCCACGCCAUGAUGAUAGUGAUACUCCGUAGCUUCUACUGGCUUGCAGUACUAGACAUGAAAACAGAUUAUUGGAGAGCGCUGUCCACUGUACAUCAAGAACGCUGUGGAUCGUGACUUAAAAAUUCCUUCAAACUCACAUCCGCAGCUACACCGCCCGGCGGGAUUGCAAGCCCAGUGGCACAGUCGCCCAUGCCCUCGGUGUCGGGAGAUGAGGCUGUAACACUAUCCUGUGCAAAAGUAUCGUACUCGAAUUAAUUCUAAUUGCAAAUACGCAUGACAAACCUUCUUCCGAAGGUAAAACAGCAUGACAAAUUCCAUUUUUCCUUCUACAAAAAUUCGUCAUGCAACUCCUACUAGUACGAUACUUUUGCAACGCAUAAACACAGGCCACGAGCAACAUCGGUAUAGAAGUAUCCGGCUUCCCGUUUUGGGGGGUUGUGCGAGAUGAAGAAUAUGGGUAGCUUCGUGCUCAUGCAAAUCAUGAAGCGUUGUAGUUGUAAGUACUACCGCUCUAUCUUUAUGCAUAUCAAAUGCGGUCCGUCGAUGAUUGUGAUGAAACUACAGGGUUUGUUCGCAGCUCGGUGAUAUGAAUCUGAGUAGAAGUCCGACGUAGCAAUUUACCUAUUAUCGCAGGCGAACAAUCGGCCUCGGCAUCGGAAAAGGCUACCAGUUCAGCCGCCGCCAGGCCCGGGCACAAUGACCUCGUAAAUGACAGUGGCGCGGCGACGCUCUCGAACAAACCAGAUGGUUCCGGAGCAAUAAAUGCACAAUCAUCAUCCAGCGGGCAGCUGGAAGAAAGUGGUCAUCUGUCGAGCCAGAAAGUACUCGGUGGAAUUGGGGAAGAAAUAUCGCAACGUAUCUGGUGUAAAAACGUCGGGGUCCACGACAACACGAGCUGUUCGUCAAGAAAAAAAAUCCAAAACUGAAGAUAGAGAAUGCUUCUCAUGGCUGUGCGCAUUCGAAACGUUAUUUUGCUAGGUAUGCAUAUGGGGCGGGGACGACGUUUUGACACAGGAUGCAACGGAUUGAAGAGCCAAAACUGGACGACGACGACCGGAGAGCACGACCUGGGAUGGAACCUACAGGGAAUGACGAGGAGGGGAAAAUGGUGAAUGGCGUCAAAAUAUGAAGUCGUGCAAAUAUUGUGUUUUUGGAAAGGCGCAAUUGCUGAUGGUCUCUGUCAGGUCCAAGAAUCUCUCAUGCGUGAGUAGUGAGAGCGUUGAGUGAGACGGUUUCUUAUGCUGAAUAGAUCUAGCACCUGGUGUCGUGAUCCUGCUAGGCUCUGCAUUCCAGACCGUCCUCUGGGCCAUGCAAAAAAUGCUGCGCGUCAACAGACUCUGCACUUCGCGUCACCUAGUAGACAUAGUUACAUUUGCAUGGCAUAGAAAACCACGACAACGAUCACCUCCAGUAUCAACUGCAAAUAUGUCUGGGUCUGGAAGAUUGGUAGGUUUGUCAUGCAUGUUUUCUAUGACCCACGCGGUCUGGCAUGCACGGCCUAGCAUGACAGAUUCUGUGAGAGUUCUAUCAUGCCUAUCCUGCACGAGAAACUGCCUCUCGAUUAGGUGAAAAGUGGACAACUUAUUUUGGUAAUCCUGCAACACAGAUUUUUACAUGAUUCAGAUUUAGCAUGACAAAUUACACUCUCGCAGACCCAGACAUUUUUACAUUUGAUAUCCAGUGGCGCGGAGCAAAGCGAUGGCGGGGUCGGCCAGGAGGUUUCUGCGGAACCCGGUACAUCUAUCAAAACGAAAAAUCGCCCCUCCCCAUAUCGAAAACGAAGUUUGUGAUGCUGUAUUUGAGUACACAAAUCGACUUGUAAUGCUAGGAGGCCAAGAGACGCAGCGGUGGCCUCGUUUGCAGGCAAUUGGUCAUGCUGCUUCCCACUUCCAGCCGCCCCCUGUCAUGCUGAAGAUGCAAGGCUUUCCCACGCCAACCAGCACUACAGUCCGCAUCUUUUCCCUUCUAGCAUGACAGAGCUGAUUUGUGACCACAAAUCUGCACCACAAAUCUCUAGUUUGAGUAUGGGGUGGGGGGAUUUUUCAUUUUGAUAACAUCGCUGCCAUCGGCCGCGACAAAAGAAGGAGAGGCAGCCGCGCCAGCGGGCGACGGCGCGCAGCCGCUUGUCUUCAAGUGUAGCAUCAUGUCGGUGGCUUCCGUGAUGGCGUAAUUAAUUUAAAUUUGCUUCGACAUGUUGAUGACAUUGAUUUCCUUGUAGCAAGAACCAGGAGAUGAAACGCCACUUACUUUCAUUCUUUCCGCAGGGUGGCAAGCGCUAGUAUUUAUCAGUACCAAUUUUUACGACCACUUACCGCAUUCGUCGAAGACGCAAUGUGUUUAUUCGGGGGCUCUUUAGGGGAUUACAAUGUUUUAUUUUUUAUUUUUUUGUAAACUCAAACAGGUACGAUACGCAAGUUGGUCAGGGCGUGAACGAUAUCAAGUGCAAAUAUGUGUGGGUCUGAAAGACUGCCAGGUUUGUCUGGCCGGUUCUGCAUGUCGUCCAAGAGGAAUGCGAGUCCUCUACUUAGCAUCGCGAGCUUUCUACUUGAUAGGAUCUGUGUAUUUCCAUUCCGUAUGGGAGACAAUGUCGUUUUGGGACGCCUCUUGCUGGUAAUUCAGUACGGAUUUAUCUUGUGUUAUCAAUCCUCCUCGACCAGCCUUCGCAGCACAGCCUCGGUAGAAGUUCCAUGCAGACCUAGACAUGGUUUAUGCAAUGCAUAGACGACCUGCACAUCGUGCCCGAUGAGGAGAGUUCGGACAGCGAGGAGUUCUUUCAGGACGACGACGAAAGUAGCGAAUCGAAAUCCGAGUCGAAAGCAGGGGUCUCGGCAACGGAAAACGGCAACAAGAAAGACGAUGAGCUCGACGAGGACAACGUGACGACCGCAUUGUUGCUAUCCUGAGUAAAAACGUACCCACACCAGAGUUGUAAUGCAGAUUUGCAAAGACAGGAACAUUUGUAAUGCGCAUCCACAUGAGAGCCAUUUUCAAUCGUGUUUUGGAAUUUGUGAUGCUGUAAACAGGAUGAGCAGAUGAAUCUGUGACGCGGCUGCACUUGCUAACCUGCACUACACUGCAGAGUGCAACUUGUCAUGCGUGACUCACAAAACUCCUAGGCUUGUGUUGCAAAAUCCCCAUCUUGACUCUGGUGUGGGUACGUUUUUACUCAGGAUAAUUGCAGCAGCUCUACGCGGAUUUGUCUGCGGCGCGAGCCUCAUCAGCAGCCACGUGAAGACAGCGGCGGCUGGUGCGUCUUCCGUAAUCUUUGAUGAAAAAUAUGAUGAAUGAGUAUUCUCGAAACCAUCGAAAGUGUAUAAUUUCCAGCGAAAAUAUAAUUUACCAAAUUCAGAAAUAAAGUUACUUUUGCGUAUAUGAUGAAGAUUUUAAAAACAUGGCAGUGACCACAUAAAGUAAACCGAAAAUGUCGAGCACAGCCUCCUCCAUCUUGUAGACAAACGGAUUAUCAUUUCACCUGACUUUUUCACCUUACAAGCUUCAAGUGUUUGUUCACAAAAAUAAAUGGAGUGAUUCUCAUUGAUUUAGUAUUGCAGCUUUCCUCCCGUUAGAUCAUGACGCGAAAAUGAAAGAGGUAGCUACGACGAUAUCCACGGGCUGGUCUGAAUAGUUUUUUGGUGUCCACCAUGUAGAGUGUGGGAAAGUGAGUUCCCUCGCUGGGUAGUGCUGAUGCACCGCAGUUGCUGUUAUCAUAUCAAUUG